CGGACAGUUUUCCCUGAUGGACUAUGUUUACACGUGAUGUCAGUGCAGAGCUGAAAUUUCAAACGUGUUUAAAUGUCUAUUGCUGUUUGACCCGCUGAAAUAAAAAAGACGUCAGUUUAAAAUGGGAAAACUUAGGAAGAAGCACAACUGGAAGGGGAGACAGCAGAGCGGCCCUCAACAACCAGCAGAUGGAGAGAAGACGGAGGUUGUGGUGGAACUGCAGGGUGGAGCCAGGCUAAAAGGUGUAGAUGAGAGCAACGCUUUGGUCCUCCCAGCCAACAAAGCCAAGAAGUCGAAAACCUCAGUGACACCGGUUUCCACCAAAAAGCCCCUCACCAAGAAGCAGAGGAAAGAGCUGCAGAAAGUGCUGGAGCGCAAGGAGAAGAAAGCUCAGAGAGCAGACAUCCUGACCAAACUGGCCGAGGUGCAGCUUCCAGACUCUGAACUGAAGCUGCUGUACACCACGUCCAAACUGGGAACUGGAGACAAACUUUACCAGACUAAACAGACGUUGGAUGAAACAAAAGACGGAGACUCGGGUCCAAAGAUCAGCAGCGUCAGUGGAGCGAACAGGAAAAGAAAAUGGAGAGAAGAAGAGGAAGAUGAAGAAGAACAAAAGGCAGAAGAAAGUAGUGACCUGGACACUUCCUCUGAUGAUGAUGAUGAGGAGGAGGAGGAUGAAGAAGUGAAUCAAACCACAGAGAUGGAUGAAGUUAAGGAAACCACCUCUCCCACUCAGGAGACAGAGGACAAACAGGGAGUGAAGGAAGAACAACGGAAAACAAAACAAGAUGGACAGAGUGAGAAGAAGGUUUUAGAUCAGCAGAAAGUUCAAGACAAGAAGCCGUCGCAGCCGGCGAUCUUCAUCCCUGUUGACAGAUUACCAGAAAUACAGGACGCUCGUCUGAAGCUGCCCGUGCUGGCGGAGGAGCAGGUCAUCAUGGAGGCAGUGAGAGAAAACCCCUGUGUCGUCAUCUGCGGAGAGACAGGAAGUGGAAAGACCACUCAAGUUCCUCAGUUCCUGUAUGAAGCCGGCUACGCCAGUGGCAGUGGGAUUAUUGGCAUCACAGAGCCGAGACGAGUAGCAGCUGUCAGCAUGUCUCACAGGGUGGCCAAAGAGAUGAACCUGUCCACACGGGUGGUGUCUUACCAGAUCCGAUACGAAGGGAAUGUGACCGACGAGACCAAAAUCAAGUUCAUGACAGAUGGUGUUUUACUGAAGGAGAUCCAGAAGGAUUUCCUGCUCCAGAGAUACAGUGUGAUAAUCAUAGAUGAAGCCCACGAGAGGAGUGUGUACACCGACAUCCUCAUCGGACUGCUGUCUCGUAUCGUCCCGCUCAGAAACAAGAAAGGCAUGCCCAUGAAGCUGCUGGUCAUGUCGGCUACUCUGCGGGUUGAAGACUUCACAGACAACCAGAAGCUGUUCCGGAUUCCUCCACCCGUCAUCAAGGUGGACGCCCGCCAGUUCCCGGUCACUAUCCAUUUCAACAAACGCACCCCGCUGGAGGAUUACACCGGAGAGGCUUUUCACAAGACCUGCAAGAUCCACCGGAUGCUGCCUCCAGGUGGUAUCUUGGUGUUUCUGACCGGUCAGGCAGAGGUUCACAGUCUGUGCAGAAGACUGAGGAAAGCUUUCCCCUUCAGGAAGAGUAACACAACCACCGGUGAAGACGAAGAAGCAGACACCUCAGAGGCGAUGAGGAAGUUUAAAAAGGCCAAACAGAAGAAGACUGUCUCUCUGCCCAGGAUCGACUUGGAUAACUACUCCGCCCUGCCGGUGGAUGAAGGUGACGAGGACAGGGAGGCGGGGAUCGGAGACGAGGAGGAUGAAGGCUCUGACCUAGAUAUCGGAGACGAUCCCAGCAAUGAAGAGGAGAAGGCGGACCCAUCCAUUCCUCUGUAUGUCCUCCCGCUCUACUCUUUGUUGGCCCCAGAGCAGCAGGCCAAGGUGUUCAGGCCUCCUCCUCCUGGCACUCGUCUGUGUGUCGUGGCCACCAACGUGGCCGAGACGUCUCUGACCAUCCCCGGCAUCAAGUACGUGGUUGACUGCGGUCGAGUUAAGAAACGUUUCUACGACCGAGUGACCGGAGUGUCAUCUUUUAAAGUCACAUGGACCUCACAGGCCUCCGCCAAUCAGAGGGCGGGUAGAGCGGGACGCACAGAGCCGGGACACUGCUACAGGUUGUACUCGUCUGCCGUGUUUGGAGACUUCAGCUUGUUCUCUGAGGCAGAGAUCACUCGCAGGCCUGUGGAAGACCUGGUUUUACAGAUGAAGGAUCUCAACAUAGAUAAGGUGGUCAAUUUUCCCUUCCCCACGUCUCCCUCUGCCGAGGCUCUUGUUGCAGCAGAGCAGUUAUUAGUCUCGCUGGGAGCGCUGAAAGAGCCGCCUCGCACUGGAAGGGUAAAAGAGAUGGAGCGAGCGAGGCUGAGCUGUCCCAUCACCCCCCUUGGCAGAGCAAUGGCUUCUUUCCCCGUGGCACCACGUUAUGCUAAAAUGUUAGCGCUCGGGAGGCAGCAGGAUUGCCUGCCGUACGUCAUUGCAGUGGUAGCAGCCAUGACAGUCCGUGAGAUCUUCGAAGACCUUGACAGACCUGCAGGUAAUGAAGAUGAGAGCGCCAAGCUCACCCAGCGUCGAGCUCGGCUGACCCAAAUGAGGAGGUUGUGGGCUGGGCAAGGAGCCUCACUCCUACUGGGGGACAUCAUGGUCAUGCUGGGUGCAGUUGGUGCUUGUGAAUUUGCUGGCUGUACUCCCAAGUUUUGUGAGGAGAACGGCCUCCGGUAUAAAGCCAUGGUCGAGAUCAGGAGGCUCAGAGGACAACUUACCAACGCAGUGAAUGCAGUGUGUCCAGAGGUGGGAGUAUUUGUAGAUCCCAAGAUGACUCCACCGACAGAGCACCAGGUGGUUUGCUUGCGGCAGAUUGUUUUGACUGGACUUGGAGACCAUCUUGCUCGCCGUGUGCAGGCGGAAGAUAUACUGGACCCAAAAUGGAAGAAUGGAUACAAGACGGCUCUUAUGGACGACCCGGUGUUCAUUCAUCCCACGUCUGCACUGUUUAAAACGCUGCCAGAGUUUAUCGUCUACCAGGAGAUCAUGGAGACCACCAAGAUGUACAUGAGAGGUGUAUCAGCAGUAGAAGCAGAGUGGGUCCCUCAGCUUCUGCCUCAGUACUGUCAUUUCGGCCCCCCUCUCGACCCACCGUUACCGUGGUUCUGCUCGACCGCCGGCACCGUCAGAUGUCACCGUUCAAGCACCUUCUUCCGUGUGGGGUGGCAGCUGCCAGCCGUGGAGAUGGAGUAUCCAGACGGCCUGGAGCGCUACAAACUGUUUGCCAAGUUUUUUCUUGAAGGACAGGUUUGUCCUCAACUAAAGAAACACACUGGUCACCUUCUCUCAAACCCCUCCAUCAUGAUAAAAACAUGGGCAAAACUGCAGCCCAGGACGGAGGCUGUGCUGGGACCGCUGGUGUCAAAGAGAGUUGACUGCAGAGAAACUCUGCUUUCCGUCUGGAAGACUGAAGAUAAAUUUCUGCUGUCUGCAUACUGUCAGUGGAUUCCUGAAUCCAUGCAUCAAGAAGUUGCCAAAAGCUGGCCUCCUAUAUAAAGACUUGAUUUGAAAAGCAGAAAUUAUGUUAUGGACUUUUGUGACCAGAGACUUGCAUUGACCUGCAGAUGGACACAACCCCUUUCUUCACUCAAGAGGAGCUUCUUCAGACUCUGCUAAUGUUUUUAAAUGAUCUCUCGAAGUGCAACUAUCACCACACAACAUGGCCUUUUCACCAUUUUGUAUUUUAUAUACACCGUAUCAAUGAUUUGUACAGUUUUGUCUGGAAUACAAUAUUUCAACUAGAGCUCUAUAAUGACUUUUAACUUGUUAUCAGUGUGCUGCUGCUGUCAGUUAUAUGUCUGACUUGGUCUUCAUAAGACUUAUUAAA